AUGGUCGACACGCCCUUAGUUUUCAGCAGAUUAGUAGUAGUGGGAAAUCUUCUCUACAGUCUGUACAAGAGAUGGCCACUACGCGGCCAGGGCACCUACCAGCUGCGCGCAGAUGGGAAGUGCAGCGCGCGGGCAGUGUGCAGUGUGUCGUGGCAGCGAGCAGCCACGCAGGCGGCGCUACAUAGGUGGAGUGUGGUGUGUGGGACCAGCAUGUCGCACACGCUGAACCUGGACCAGGCGCUGGUGGAGCUGGGCCAGUUCGGCCGGUACCAGCGGCUCCACUUCUGCCUGCUCGUCGUGCCCGUCGUCUAUUCCGCCAUACGCGCCGGCAACUUCAUCUUCAACGCCGCCGACCCUGGAUAUAGGUGCCUGGUGCCGGAGUGCGAGUCGUCCCCGGCGCAGUGGGCCCCGGGGCUGUGGGCGUCGUGGGCGCUGGUGGCGGGCUCGCACUGCGAGCGGCGCGCGCCCGCCGCGCCCGGCGGCGACUGCCUGCCCGCCACCUUCGGCGACGCCACGCAGCCCUGCGACGCCUGGCUCUACGCCAAUAACAACACCAUCGUAUAUGAGUUCGAUCUGGCGUGUCAGGAACUGAAGCGGACUAUGGUAGGCUCCACGCAUGCGUUCGGCGUGUUCACCGCUCUCUUCGGCAUCGGGAUCAUCUCGGACAGGUUCGGGCGGCGCGCGACGCUGAUCCUGACGGCGACCUCGUGCGCGGUGGCCGGCAUGACGCGCUCCUUCGCCACCUCCUACACCAUGUACGUCAUCUGCGAGUACUUCGACGCGCUGCUGGGCGCCGGCGUCUACAGCACCGCCUUCGUCCUCGCUCUAGAGAUGGUGGGGCCGAAGAUGCGCGUGCUCUGCGGCAGCAUCCUGUCAUGCGCGUUCGCGAUGGGGCAGGUGUGCCUGGCGCUGCUGGCGUGGGCCGUGCCCUACUGGCGGCACCUCACCAGGAUCAUAUACGGACCUUGCUUUUUCUUCAUCUUUUACUAUUUUCUCGUAGAAGAGAGCAUCCGAUGGUUGAUCAUUAAAGGCAAAAAAGAAAAAGCCACUGAGAUUUUACUCAAAGUAGCUCAAUUUAAUAAGAAGCAUAUAUCACGGGAAACUAUAGAUCGCCUCGUAAACAUAGACCCGAGUGUAACCCACGUGGGGGGCGUCAAGAAACUGUCUCUGGUGUGCAAAGUGCUUCACUCGCGGAUCUUGAUGCAGCGCGUGCUCAUCUGCUCGUUCGUGUGGAUCACGACGACGUUCACGUACUACGGGCUGUCCAUCAACUCGGUCUCGCUGGCGGGCAACAUGUACAUCAACUACAUCCUGACCUCGCUCGUGGAGAUCCCCGGGUACAUCGUGAGCGUGUACGUGCUCGACCGGUUCGGCCGCAAGGUCCCCAUCAUAGUGUCGCUGUUCUUCUGUGGCGCGUCGCUCUUCAUGCUGCCCAUCAUUUCGUCAUCGCUGAGCGGCUUGCAGCUGGCGGUGACGCUGGCGGGCAAGCUGGGCGCCAGCUCGGCCGCCAGCAACAUGCACGUGUACACCACCGAGCUGUUCCCCACGGGCACCCGGCACCGCGCGCUCACGGCCUGCUCCACCGUGGCGCGGCUCGGCCAGGCCGCCGCCAUGCUCACGCCGCUGCUGAUGGGCGUGAACAUGUACCUGCCGUACCUGAUGUUCGGCGCGUUCUCGGUGACGGCGGGGCUGCUGCUGCUGCUGACGCCGGAGACGCACCGGCGGCUGCUGCCCGACACGGUGGAGCAGGCCGAGAAGCUGGACUCCGCGUCCGCGCCGCGCCUGGCGCCCUCCACGCCGCCCCCGCCGCCGCCGCCGCCCCUCGACCUCGACCACAAGGAGAAGCUCCCCGACUAGUGCCGCCACCACCUGCCCGUGGCCGCGACACUACUCGCUCGGCUCCCGGCGACUGUCGCUGCGACGAUUUCCUAUAUUAUUUACAUUAUUUAGUUUCCCUACACCGAAACCGAACAAGGCAACACAUUAAUAUAAAUGUUUUAAUUUU